GAAUUCCAUUGCGUUUCGUUGUAGCCAAGCUCCUCCCUUUCUCCCUGACAGCCAUGGCCCGGCCCUUUUCACUUGAAUGCCAAGAGUUUUGGUUUCUGAGUCAUUAGAUCGGGUCACUGUGAAUAAGGUAUUGUUUGCUGUAUGUGUCGUUAUUAGAGUGGACCUUCGCUACUUCCCUUGGUAUUGGUAUGGCGUUGCUGGAGCUAGCUUUACAGGGGUUCUCCAUCUUUGGCUUGGUACUCUUCGUCGUCCUGUGGCUUAUGCAUUUCAUGUCCAUCAUAUACGCUCGUCUUUACCUCAAUAAAAAGACAGUUGACAAACAGCCAUAUAGCAAGCUCCCAGGUGUGUCAUUACUAAAGCCUCUAAAGGGUGUGGACUCGAAUCUAAUCAACAAUUUAGAGUCAUUUUUUGAGCUGGAUUAUCCAAAGUAUGAAGUACUCCUUUGCGUACAAGACCAUGAUGAUCCAGCUAUUGACGUGUGUAAGAAGUUGUUGGGCAAAUACCCAAAUGUGGAUGCCAGAUUAUUUAUUGAUUCAUUUCCGUUUGGAAGCAAGCAAGCAAGUACAGUUACUCCAAGAACUGCUGUAGAUCAGCAAUCACGUAUUGUCAUGGCAACAGCAAGCAAACGAAAUUACCACCAGCAGCCACUUUUCAAGUGUUUUUCAAAGGCCCCCCAAACUCUAGAAGGUUCAUGUUCUUUAGGUGGUAAAAAGAUUGGUAUAAACCCAAAGAUUAAUAAUUUAAUGCCUGGAUAUGAAGUAGCCAAAUACGACUUGAUCUGGAUUUGUGACAGUGGAAUUCUAGUAAAACCAGACACCCUAACAGAUAUGGCUAACCAGAUGACAGAAAAAGUGGGUUUGGUCCAUGGUUUGCCCUAUGUGGCAGACAGAGCUGGAUUUGCAGCUACUUUGGAGCAGGUAUAUUUUGGGACUUCACAUCCAAGGUCAUAUAUUUCUGCCAAUGUUACUGGUUUUAAAUGCGUAACAGGGAUGUCCUGCUUGAUGAGGAAGGAUGUUCUUGACCAAGCUGGAGGGUUAAUUGCCUUUGCCCAGUAUAUUGCUGAAGAUUAUUUCAUGGCCAAAGCGAUUGCUGAUCGAGGCUGGAAAUUUGCUAUGGCAACACAAGUCGCAAUGCAAAAUUCGGGCUGUUAUUCAAUUUCUCAGUACCAGUCACGGAUGAUUAGGUGGACAAAACUGCGCAUAAAUAUGCUUCCUGCAACAAUCAUCUGUGAACCCAUCUCCGAAUGCUUUGUUGCAAGCCUUAUAAUUGGAUGGGCUGCUCACCAUGUUUUCAAGUGGGAUAUUAUGGUGUUUUUUAUGUGCCAUUGUUUAGCAUGGUUUAUAGCAGAUUAUAUCCAGCUUAAAGGAGUGCAGGGAGGACCUCUCAGCUUUUCAAAGUUGGACUAUGCAGUAGCUUGGUUUAUCAGAGAGUCCAUGACGAUAUAUAUUUUCCUGUCUGCUUUGUGGGACCCCACAAUCAGCUGGAGGACAGGACGGUACAGAUUACGUUGUGGAGGAACUGCAGAAGAAAUUCUAGAUGUAUAGCCUCCCCUGUGAAAAAGUAUUACAAAUUGUUUGUACAAAAGCUUUUAAAGUUCUACCUGACGUAGUUUUUAUCUGUAUGUACGUGUAUUAAUUUAUUUUUGCCCAGCACUUGCAGCUGACUUAAAAAAAAAAAAAAAAAAAAAAGAGAGAGAAAGAGACUUCCAGUGCUGAAGGAUUCCCUGAUGUGUCAAUGAGCAAAAGAAGGGGGGGGGGGAGGAAAAAAUAAGUGAAAAACUUCUAACUUUUCCAAGAUUUUAAAUGGUACCAUUGGAGGUGAGCCCUUCAAAGUAAGUCCUCCUUGAUACCUGAUAUAUAGGGUUAUUGCCAUCAAAAAUUGCAGAAUGUUUCUGUUUGUGGUCAUCCUUUAUAGCAUGAAGGAAACAAAAGAAAAAUAAUUAAAGCAGACAAGAACUGAAAAGAAUGCUUCAACCAGGAUUUACAAUUUACUGCUGAUUCAAGAGCAGGUGCUGGCGUCUGCUUCACCAUUUCUUUUCCUUGGAAAGAGCAACUGUACAUGAGCAAUACAGACCUGGCUGAAGAAACAUAUAGAAAUUGGUGUAUGCAGACAACAGACCUUUGUAGAAAUACUUGACUGGAAAAUAUGACCAGUUUUGGCCUAAUGUAGCAGACUGUCUGACAAUUGCAACUGACGAUCAGCUAUGUAAUGCAGGUGUUUAAUAGGUCUGACUGCGUCAUCUAGCACAAACUUAACUGUAUUUUUUCAGACCAUCGCUAGCCAUUUUAAUUUGGGAGUAGGCUAGAAAAGUACCUCUUGCCUGUUACAUUUUUUUUUCACAGAAUUCAAGUUCUUUCAUACAAAAAAUGUUGUUAAGAAGAGCUGAUGCAUUAUGUAGUGUUUUGAUCCAAAUCUACAGUGCUGUUAAGAAUCUGAAUAUGAAUGUACAGUCAUUAUGUUUGAUGUUCUGUAAAAUAUGCAUGUACAUUAGUAAGCACUAACACAAGUUUACUGCAUACUCUGUAUUGUAUAAAAAGGUGUUUUGGUGGGUGUUGUACAAGAACAGUACUAUCUAUUGUGACUGUUGCACAUAUUUGCUGACAGGUGUACUGCCUCCUAAAAACGCUAGAUUUACUAUUGUAGUGCAAACUGAAAUUGGACACUAACAAUCCCUGCACCUCAGAGUAAUGCAUACUGCUAACAGAGUUUAGAAUGCUCUCUUGUUUUAUUGAAGGAGACAUAUGCAAGCUUUUCAUUUUUGCUGUAGCUCUGGUUAGAGUAUGGAGCUCUAAAAUUAUUUCCAAAUUGUUAUUGCCUUUGUGAGAGGGUGGUUACAUUACAUCACUUCUAUAAUUGUCAACUUUCAUGUGAAACUGAGAAUAUUAGGAUGUAGUGCAAUUAAAUUGCAUGCAUUUUUCUGCACUGUAUAUGUAAUAGUUUAAGUUUACAGUCUUAAGUUAGUGCAUAUCAGUGUGGUGGUGAACUGGACUUCUUUCUUUUUUCAUUGUGAAUGUGUAGGGGUGCUAUAGUAAGGUGGUGUGCUGCUGUCAUCUCUAUCGCUGUAUGUAUGUCAUAAGCAUACAUAGAUAGAUAUGCCUAGGAUCAGUGAGUAGAAGCGUGUUUGUGAAACUGUUCUAUCAUUCCUUAUCUCAAGGUGAGAAUGGAUACCACUGAUGGAGUAGUUUAACAAAUACUUACUGGUGCUAAUAACUGCCAAAUUUAUUUUUUUUCAGCAGUCAGAGGUUCCCAUGUAUGGGAGUAUUGUCAUUCUUUCACUAGUGCCCCUUCAGCAUCAUUUGUUAUAUGCCUGUGUAAAAGCAGCAUUACCUUGUCCACCUUGAUCUCUUCUUUACAUUUAAGAGUCAUUGCCUGUUUCACUGUGUUUAUCAUGUAUAGGUUCAUAGGCAAGUACAAGGCUAGCUGUCCUUGAGGGCCAUUUUAAGUUUAGCCAGUUUAUUUUUGUGUUCAAAUUAACCUAUCCCAUUUGGUUAGCGACUGGCCUUCUUCAUCUCAUUGUCUAUCUUUAAUUAUAUAUUACCUCUGAGAAUAACUGGAAUUAUACCGUAGGUAAUUUGAGGGGACCUUUGUAUGGGCUAAAGCAUUUAGGAACUGCCUCUGUUCAUUAGUAGUAGAGGGGGCAGUCCUGAGUUAAAUUUUCUGUUUUCUAUUCAUAGGUCCAAGUUGCACUUGAACAUGGGUUGGGAUGAACUUUGUUUUAUGUGGAUAGGGAGUCUGUGCCAGAGCAGCGGUAUUGUCGGCAAGAUAUGCCUGUCCUCCAAAACAUUCUGUUGAUGUUGCAGAGGAGGUUUUUAUCCAUAGACUAAGUAUUUCUGAUGCCAUCUGACUUGCUGAUGUACAGUAAAUCCUUCA